AUGAUACUUGAAAGAUAUCUUUUGAAUCUCACAAGAAAAUCCAAUAUCUUAUUUCAAAUAAGGAACAUCUCAUGUUGGUCAUGCGGAACUCAUUCUAACCCAACAUCUAACCUAUUCUGUUCUAACUGCAAAGCUUUACAGAAACCAGAAAAAUACGAAAAUUAUUUUAAAGUUCUUGGUGUUAAAGAAACAUAUGAUUUAAAUGAAGAUGAAUUAGCAAAAAAAUAUAAAGAAUUGCAAAAACAUUUGCAUCCAGAUAAAUAUGCGAACAGGAGAAAAGAAGAGCAAGAAAUAUCAGCAGAAUAUUCAUCUUUAGUAAAUAAUGCAUACAAAACUCUGUUAGAGCCACUUGCAAGAGGAAUAUACAUGCUUAAACUAAGAGGUAAAGAAAUAUCAGAGAAUACGCAAAUUGAUCACGAAUUCCUCAUGAAAAUAAUGGAAAAAAAUGAAGAAGUGGAAAAUGCAGACACUGAAGAAGAAAUCAUGAGACUAAAUAAGGAAAAUAAAAAUGUUAUAAACAGUUUGCAAAAGCAGUUAUCCAUUGCAUUCUUUGAUGGAGAUCUAAAAAAAGUUACACAUUUGUUAUCUCGUAUGAAGUAUUACACAAGUAUUGAUAGUCAGAUACAGGCAGCGAUUCGAAAUAAAGGCAUUAUUAGA